ACCUAAAUAUGUAUUUAGUGAUUUUCCAAGAAAAGAAAAAAAAUAAAAUCAGAAAACUAUAGUUUUAGAUUCUUUAGCUUUAUAUAUGGUCUGCAUGUCUUGACAUAAGAUCCAACAAAUCUGCCAUUUUUGUUAUCGCUCUGAAUAGUACUGUUUGUUGUGUGUGUAAAGAAACAAGCUGCACUACUAGUUUAAGAAACCCUAAUAUGGGUAGAUCAUUGACUAGCCUUGAGAAGGUGGAUAUGAAGAAAGGGCCAUGGUCUCGGGAAGAAGACCAAAAAUUGUUGGCUUACAUUGAACAACAUGGCCAUGGCAGGUGGCGUGAUCUUCCGGCUAAAGCGGGGCUUCAACGAUGUGGAAAAAGCUGUAGAUUGCGAUGGACAAAUUAUUUGCGACCUGAUAUUAAGAGAGGAAAGUUCAGCUUGCAAGAAGAGAAGACUAUUAUUCAACUCCACGCUCUUUUGGGCAACAGUUUUAGAUGGUCAGCAAUAGCAACUCACUUGCCAAAGAGGACUGACAAUGAGAUCAAGAAUUACUGGAAUACACGUCUUAAGAAGAGAUUAAGCAGAAUGGGAAUUGAUCCAGUGACUCAUAAGCCCAAGAACCACUCCGGCGGAGCUCAGUCGAAGAAUGCCGCUAAUCUUAGCCACAUGGCGCAAUGGGAGAGUGCUCGACUCGAAGCCGAAGCCAGGUUCCUCCGCCAGUCCAAACUUGUAUCCAACCCUUAUUUCUCUCAUCACCACCACGACUCCACCGUUCUACCACCACUAGCACCACAGCGGCCGCCUCCACCAUGUUUAGAUAUACUUAAAGUCUGGCAAAGAACAUCUAAAUCCUUUUUCACCCCAAGUGGAACCCUUGAGUCUCCAACAUCUACCUUAAACUUCUCGAGCAGCAUGCUCCCAGUCGAGGAACCGCACCGAUCCAUCCCGAACUUUUUUGUCCCUUCCACAAACGCAAUCUCUGUCGAAAAUUCGGGUGCAUUAUGUGUAUCCCAAAAUCCCCACAACUCUCUUAUGGCAAACGAUAUAAUGGAAAAUCCCAUGCAGCUUAUGGAUCAUUAUAAUCAUAAUGCCGUCUCUCUAGAAGAUCUGCCUAUUUCUGUUGAUCACUACAAUAUUGAUGCUGGUCCAGAAGGUUUCGAGGAGGUUAAGGAUUAUUGGAACGACAUACUAAAUUCAGUGAAUUCGCCUAUCCUCUAAGAUUUGCUAGUCAAUGUAGAAAAUUUGUGAUUUUCUAUGUCCAUGCAACAAGGUAUUAAUCAAUAAAUAAAUGCAGUCAUUAGUCACUUGAUUUUUAAUUAAUCAUCUAGCUAGUUAUGUAUUGACAGCUUGAUUUCAUUUUAUA